UCUGUGAUAGUCUCAGGGUUCUCUUGGAAGUGCAGAGGGCAUCCGGAAGACCAAGGAAGACUCCAGGCAGACCUGUGUCCACAUUCUCAGUAUUCCCGGUCAAGGAAAUAGCGGCAUGGUUUAUGCAGAUUGCACCUUGGGGGCAUGAGCUCAUCAGUUAAGAGUGAAUUUUCAUUCACGAAGAGACGCAAAGUGGUGAGAAGCAAACUGAUGCCGCAGUCACACCGGCAGUACGGCCCGGCCCUCUUCGAACGACGACACCCGACGCCCCCCGGCCUCGACGCGUCGACCUCUGGCCGUGAUUGAUCCCACACGAGCCCCACCCCAGCCUCGGGGACGAGUUAGCGCGCAGCACCGCAUCGCCGAAACUGAGAACCUCUGAGAUCAAACCGUCUUCGUUGACUCACGUUUGUUGACAAAAAGUGAGCGGGGAGGAGGCCGGCGCCACCGCCAUGGAAGUGAAGGAACGCCGACCGUACCGCUCGCUGACCACGGCCCGGCAGGAACCCCCCGAGCGGCGCUACACCAGCUCUUCGGCCGACAGCGAGGACGGCAAAACCCAGCCCAGGUCGUACAGCUCCACCGAGACCCUCAAAGCCUUCGACCACGACACCCGCAUGGCGUACGGCAGCCGCGUCAAGGAGCUGGUGCACCACGAGGUGGACGAGUUUGGCCGGCAAGGUGCCGACUUCUCCCUGCGAGAUCUCGGCUUUGGGGACGCCCUCCCAUCUGCCCACCACAUGCCGGCCUACCGGGGCGAGCUGGGCAUGCCGCACCGCGAAUACUCUGUCAGCGUGGGCUCGGACGCCGACACGGAGACGGACGGCGUCGUAUCGCCGGAGCACGCCGUCCGGCUGUGGGGCCGCGGGGGAGGCGGCGGCAACCCCAAGUCGGGCCGAAGCUCGUGCCUCUCCAGCAGGGCGAACUCAAACCUGACACUGACAGACACGGAACAUGAAAACACCGAGAAUGGUCCUCCGGUGCUUUGUUCCUCCGCCUCCUCCUCCCCUGUCGAGCAGCACCCGUACCCUCCCCCUUGCAUUGCGGCCAAUCAGAGCCAGGGGGGGUUGCUAGGUAACAGUGCGGCUCAGCCAGCCCGGGACUCUGACUCGGAGGAUGAGUUUGGCCCCGAUUCAUUCUUAGUUAAAGCUGGCUCGGGGAACCUGUACGCCGCAGCUGCUGACGACGCCGUCUUUCAGAACCACCCUCGGCUGCGCACACCCCCGCUGCCGCUCUCCCACUCCCACUCGCCCAACCACCUUCAGCACCAUGCGGCCUCCAUCAACUCCUUGAACCGGGGCAACUACACGCCACGGAGCAACCCCAGCCCGGCACCCACUGACGGCGGCUCCUCGGCGCCCCCCGACGGCCCCGCAGCCGGCGGCGCCCCGGAUGCGGGCGGCACCCCGGACAACUGGCUACUCAACAGCAACAUCCCGCUGGAGACCAGAAACAUAGCAAAGCAGGCAUUCCUUGAGACUUUACAGGACAACCUCAUUGAGAUGGACAUACUGGCGUCCGCUCGCCGCGACGGCGCCUACAACGACGGGCAUUUCCUGUUCAAGCCAGGGGGAACCUCGCCCAUGUAUUGCACCACUUCGCCGGGGUACCCGCUGACCUCCAGCACGGUGUACUCGCCGCCGCCGCGACCCCUGCCGCGCAGCACCUUCUCCCGGCCCGCCUUCAGUCUCAAGAAGCCCUACAAGCACUGCAACUGGAAAUGCGCUGCCCUCAGCGCCAUCCUGGUCUCCGUCACGCUGCUCUUCUUGCUGGCCUACUUCAUCGCAAUGCACCUUUUCGGACUAAACUGGCACCUGAAGCCCACGCAGAGACAGAUGUACCGCGUGACUGACGACAACACAAGUGGCCUACCUUUCCCUACCGACCUGAGCUUGAGGCCUCUCGGCAACACGGGCUCGGAGGUACCUGAUCGCAGGGGCAAAAACGACGGCAAAUUGGACAGCUUGUUCCCCGACGACAGCUACAUCGACAUGGGCGAGAUCGACGUGGGCCGCAAGGUCACGCAGCAGAUCCCGCCUGGCGUCUUUUGGCGGUCCCAGAUCUUCGUGGACCACCCCAUGUACCUGAAGUUCAACGUGUCCCUCAGCAAAGAUGCCUUAGUGGGGAUCUACGGCAGGAGGGGCCUCCCCCCGUCUCACACACAGUUUGACUUUGUGGAGCUGCUAGAUGGCCGGCGACUCCUGGUCCGUGGCCCACCGGGCGUAGAGGGGCCCGCCGCCCUGCAACGGAGCCUGGCACCCAUCGCCACGCACGACACGGGCUUCAUCCAGUACAUGGAGUCCGGCAUCUGGCACCUGGCUGUCUAUAAUGACGGCAAAGACAUGGAAACGGUUUCUUUUCUCACCACUGCCAUAGAUUCUGUCGACGAGUGCCCCAGCAGCUGCUUUGGGAACGGCGACUGCGUGGCCGGAGCGUGCCACUGCUUCUUGGGAUUCAAAGGACCCGACUGCGGCCGCGCCGCCUGCCCGGUGCUGUGCAGUGGCAACGGUCAAUACCUGAAAGGGCGCUGCAUGUGCCACAGUGGCUGGAAGGGCUCCGAGUGCGACGUCCCCACCAACCAGUGCGUCGACAUCACGUGCAGCAACCACGGCACCUGCAUCGUGGGGACCUGCAUCUGCAACCCGGGCUACAAGGGGGAGAACUGCGAGGAAGUGGACUGCCUGGACCCGACCUGCUCCGGCCGAGGGGUGUGCGUCCAGGGCGAGUGCCACUGCUUCGUCGGCUGGGGCGGGCAGGGCUGCGAGAGUCCCAGGGCCUCCUGCACGGACCAGUGCUCCGGGCACGGCAGCUUCCUGGCCGACGCGGGGACGUGCAGCUGCGACGCCAACUGGACGGGCCACGACUGCUCCACAGAGAUUUGUGCAGCCGACUGCGGCGGCCACGGGGUUUGCGCGUCGGGCACCUGUCGCUGCGACGACGGCUGGACGGGCGCCGGAUGCGACCAAAGGGCGUGUCACCCGCGUUGCAACGAACACGGCACCUGCAAGGACGGCAAGUGCGAAUGCAGUCCCGGCUGGAACGGAGAGCACUGCACCAUCGAGGGCUGUCCCGGUUUGUGCAAUGGCAACGGCAGGUGCACCCUGGGUAACGGCGGCUGGUACUGCGUGUGCCAGCUGGGCUGGAGGGGCAGCGGCUGCGACACCUCCAUGGAGACGGCGUGCGGAGACGUCAAGGACAACGACGGAGACGGCCUCAUGGACUGCAUGGAUCCAGACUGCUGCCUCCAGGCCAAUUGUCACAUCACAUCGCUGUGCGUGGGCUCGCCAGACCCGCUGGACAUCAUCCAGGAGACCCAAGUGUCGUCGGGGAACCAGGGCAAGCUGCAGAGCUUCUACGAGCGCGUGCGCUUCCUGGUGGGCCGGGAGAGCACCCACGUGGUGCGCGGCGCCAGUCCCUUCGACGCCAAGCACGUGUGCGUCAUCCGCGGACAAGUGGUGACCUCGGACGGAACGCCGCUGGUCGGCGUCAACAUCAGCUUCAUCAACAAGCCGUCGUUCGGAUACACCGUCACCCGGCAGGACGGGAGUUUCGACUUGGUGACCGACGGGGGCAUCGCGGUGGCCCUGCGCUUCGAGCGCGCUCCGUUCAUCACGCAGGAGCACACCCUGUGGCUACCGUGGGGCCGCUUCUUCGUCAUGGACACGGUGGUCAUGCGGCACGAGGAGAACGACAUCCCCAGCUGCGACCUCAGCAGCUUCGCCCGGCCCAGCCCGGUGGUGUCGCCUGCGCCGCUCACCGCCUUCGCCGGCUCCUGCGCUGAGAGGGGGACGGUGGUGCCGGAAAUUCAGACACUGCAGGAGGAAAUUCCCAUACCGGGUACCGACAUGAAGCUCGGCUACCUGAGCAGCAGGACGGCGGGUUACAAGUCCGUACUGAGGGUGACCCUGACUCACGUCGCCAUCCCGUUCAACCUGAUGAAGGUGCAUCUGAUGGUGGCGGUGGAGGGCCGGCUUUUCAGGAAGUGGUUCCCAGCCGGGCCGAACCUCCUGUACGACUUCGUGUGGGACAAGACGGACGUCUACAGCCAGAAGGUCUACGGCCUGUCCGAAGCAUUCGUGUCUGUGGGCUUCGAGUAUGAAUCAUGUCCGGACCUGAUCUUGUGGGAGAAGAGGACGGCUGUUCUUCAGGGAUACGAGAGCUCGGCCUCCAAGCUGGGCGGAUGGACCGUCGACAAGCACCACGCUUUGAAUAUACAGAGCGGCAUUCUCCACAUGGGCAACGGGGAGAACAUCUUCAUCUCCCAGCAGCCGCCCGUCAUUGGCAGCGUGAUGGGCAACGGUCGCCGCCGCAGCAUCUCCUGCCCCAGCUGCAACGGCAUGGCCGACGGCAACAAGCUGCUGGCCCCCGUGGCUCUGGCGUGCGGCUCCGACGGGAGCCUCUACGUGGGUGACUUCAACUACGUGCGGCGGAUCUACGCCACAGGGAACGUCACCAGCGUCCUAGAGCUCAGAAAUAAAGACUUCCGGCAUAGCAACAGCCCGGCCCACAAGUACUACCUGGCCAGCAGCCCCGUGAACGGCGCCGUGUACCUGUCGGACACCAGCAGCCGCAAGGUCUUCAAGGUCAAGUCGCUCAACUCUCCCAAGGAAGUGGCCAAGAAUCUGGAGCUGGUGGCUGGCACCGGGGACCAAUGCCUGCCUUACGACGACGCCCGCUGCGGCGAUGGGGGCAAGGCAGCGGAGGCCACGCUCACCAACCCCAGAGGCAUUGCGGUGGAUAAGUACGGCAUAAUCUUCUUCGUGGACGGCACCAUGAUUCGCCGAGUGGACCAGAACGGCAUCAUCUCCACCCUCCUGGGCUUCAACGACCUCACUUCCGCCCGACCCCUCAGCUGCGACGCCGUCAUGGACAUCUCUCAGGUACGUCUGGAGUGGCCCACAGACCUUGCAGUGAGCCCCUUGGACAACUCACUGUAUGUCCUGGACAACAACGUGGUGCUCCAGAUCUCUGAGAACCACCAAGUACGCAUCGUGGCGGGCAGGCCCAUGCACUGCCAAGUUCCCGGCAUCGACCACUUCCUUAUGAGCAAGGUGGCCAUCCAUGCCACCCUGGAGUCGGCCAACACGUUGGCCGUGUCCCACACCGGCGUGCUCUACAUAGCCGAAUCGGACGAAAAGAAGAUCAACAGGGUACGGCAAGUGUCUACCAACGGCGAGAUCUCCUUGGUGGCGGGGGCGCCAAGCGGCUGUGACUGCAAGAACGACGCCAACUGCGAUUGCUACUCGGGUGACGAGGGCUACGCCAAGGACGCCAAACUGAACGCGCCCUCCUCCUUGGCGGUGUGUCCUGAUGGAGAGCUUUACAUCGCCGACCUGGGCAACAUCCGCAUCCGCUACGUGCGCAAGAACAAGCCCUACCUAAGUCCACUCAACAUGUACGAGGUGUCGUCGCCCAUCAACGACGAGCUCUACCUCUUCGACGCCAACGGCAGCCACGUGUUUACCCAAAGCCUGACCACCGGCGACCACCUGUACAAUCUAACCUAUAGGGGGGCCGGCGAGCUCAGCACCAUCACGGACAAAAACAAGAACGUGGUGACCGUCAGACGAGACACCACGGGGAUGCCGUUGUGGAUCAUGGCUCCUGACGGGCAGACAUUUUGGUUCACCAUGGGAACCAACAACGCCUUGAAGAGCGUGGCGGCGCAGGGACAGGUCCUCGCCGUCAUGACGUACCACGGGAGCUCCGGACUGCUCGCGACCAAGACCAGUGAGAAUGGGUGGACCACCUUCUUUGAGUACGACAGUUACGGUCGUCUGACCAACGUGACUCACCCGACGGGCCGUGUGAGCAGCUUCCGCGCCGACGACGACAGCGCCGUCCACGUCCGGGCGGAGGGCGCUGCCAAGGAGGACGUGACGCUCACCACCAACCUGUCGGCCUCGGGCACCUUCUACACACUCAUGCAGGAUCAAGUGAGCAACAGCUAUUUUAUCGGGCUGGACGGCUCCUUGCGGCUGGCCUUGGCCAACGGCAUGGAGGUGUCGCUGCACACGGAACCCCACCUACUGUCCGGCACGGUCCACCCCACCGUCAGCAAGCGGAACAUCACGCUGGCUUUGGACAACGGCCUCAACCUGGUGGAGUGGAGGCAGAGGAAGGAGCAGGCCCGCGGCCAGGUCACCGUCUACGGCCGCAGGCUACGGGUUCACAACAGGAACUUGUUGUCCCUGGACUUCGAUCGAAUUACCAGGACCGAAAAGGUCUACGACGACCACAGAAAAUUUACCCUGCGAAUCCACUACGACCACGCCGGGCGGCCGACUCUCUGGGCCCCGAGCAGCCGCCUGAAUGGGGUCAAUGUAACCUACUCGACCGGCGGUUAUGUGGCGGGCAUCCAGAGAGGCACCAUGUCGGUACGCAUGGAGUACGACCACAAAGGCAGAAUCACCUCCAAGAUAUUUGCGGAUGGUAAAUCGUGGACCUACACGUACCUGGAAAAGUCCAUGGUGUUGUUGCUCUACAGCCAGAGACAGUACAUCUUUGAAUUCGACAAGAAUGACAGACUCUCGUCAGUGACCAUGCCCAACGUGGCACGUCAGACCCUGGAGACGGCGCUCUCGGUCGGCUACUACAGAAACACGUACCGGCCUCCCGAGGGUAACGCCUCAGUACUGCAGGACUACAGUGAGGAAGGCCGACUAUUGCAGACCACCUACCUAGGGACGGGCCGGCGCAUCAUCUACAAGUACGGCAAGCUGUCCAAACUGCUCGAGAUUCUCUACGACACCACCCGCAUCGGCUUCUCCUACGACGAGGUGGCCGGCAUGCUCAAGACCGUCAACCUGCAAAGCGAGGGCUUCACCUGCACCAUCCGCUACCGCCAGAUCGGCCCACUGAUUGACCGGCAGAUUUUUCGGUUCAGCGAAGAGGGCAUGGUCAACGCUAGAUUUGACUACGUCUAUGACAACAGCUUCCGUGUCACUAGCAUGCAGGCAGUCAUAAAUGAGACGCCACUGCCCAUCGACCUGUACCGCUAUGACGACGUGUCCGGUAAGGCGGAACAGUUUGGAAAGUUCGGCGUCAUCUACUACGACAUCAACCAGAUCAUCACCACGGCGGUCAUGACGCAUACCAAACACUUUGACGCGUAUGGUCGCGUGAAAGAGGUGCAGUACGAAAUUUUCCGCUCCCUCAUGUACUGGAUGAUGGUGCAGUACGACAACAUGGGCCGCGUGGUUGCCAAGGAGCUGAAAGUGGGGCCCUACGCCAACACCACGCGCUACACCUACGAGUACGACUCCGACGGCCAGCUCCAGGUGGUCUCUAUCAACGACAAGCCCUUGUGGCGCUACAGCUAUGACCUCAAUGGGAACCUGCAUCUCCUCAGCCCGGGCAACAGUGCACGCUUAACGCCAUUACGUUAUGAUAUCCGGGACCGCAUAACUCGCUUGGGCGAUAUCCAGUACAGGAUGGAUGAGGACGGCUUCCUCCGACAGCGAGGCAAUGACUACUUUGACUAUAACUCAGCUGGACUUUUGGUGAAGGUGUACAACAAAGCGAGCGGGUGGAAUAUCCGCUACCGCUACGACGGCCUGGGUCGUAGAGUGUCCAGCCGGAGCAGCUUGGGCCACCACCUGCAGUUCUUCUACGCAGAUCUGUCCAGCCCCACCCGGGUCACCCACAUGUACAACCACACGAGCUCCGAGAUCACGUCGCUGUACUACGACCUGCAGGGCCACCUGUUCGCCAUGGAACUGAGCAGCGGCGACGAGUUCUACGUGGCCUGCGACAACAUCGGUACGCCUCUGGCCGUGUUUAGCGGCUCAGGCCACAUGAUCAAGCAGGUGCUCCACACGGCAUUCGGCGAGGUCUACGUCGACACCAACCCAAGCUUCCAGGUCAUCAUCGGCUACCAAGGCGGCCUGUACGAGCCCCUCAGCAGGCUGGUGCACAUGGGCCGCAGGGACUACGACGUUCUCGCCGGGCGCUGGACCACCCCCGACCACGACGUCUGGAAACGUCUCAACAGCGGCCACAUCGUGCCGUUCAACUUGUACAUGUUCAAAAAUAACAACCCACUCAGCAACAAUGAGGAGAUCAAGUGCUACAUGACGGAUGUGAACAGCUGGCUGGUGACGUUCGGCUUCCAGCUCUACAACGUCAUCCCCGGUUAUCGCAAGCCAAACACGGACACCGUGGAGCCGUCCUACGAACUGGUCCACACGCAGAUCAAGACGCAGGAGUGGGACAGCACCAAGUCGCUGUUGGGUGUUCAAUGUGAGGUUCAGAGGCAGCUCAAGGCCUUCGUCAAGCUGGAGCGCUUCGGUCAGAUCUACAACGCCAAGAGCGCCGGCUGCGCCCAGACCGAGGACAAGACGGUGUUCGCGUCGGUGGGGUCCAUCUUCGGGAAGGGGGUCAAGUUCGCCAUCCGGGACGGCCGCAUCAGCACCGACAUCGUCAGCCUGGCCAACGAGGACGGGCGUCGCACGGCGGCCGUGCUGAACGACGCCUUCUACCUGGAAGCGCUGCGCUACACCGUGGCCGGCGUGGACACGCACCACUUCGUCAAGCUGGGCUCGGCGGAGGGCGACCUGGGCCUCAUCGGCAUGGCGGUGGGCCGGCGCACGCUGGAGAACGGCGUCAACGUGACCGUGUCCCAAGUCAACGCCGUUCUCAACGGUCGGACCCGCCGCAUCACCGACAUCCGGCUGCAGUACGGCGCGCUCAGCCUCAACACGCGCUACGGCAGCAGCGUGGACGAGGAGAAAGCGCGCGUGCUGGAGGCGGCGCGCCAGCGCGCCGUGGCGCAGGCGUGGGCCCGCGAGCGCCAGAGACUCCGGGACGGCGAGGAGGGCUCGCGCACCUGGACCGAGAGCGAGAAGCAGCAGCUGCUGGGCUCGGGGAAGGUGCAGGGAUACGACGGCUUUUACGUGGUGUCGGCCGAGCAGUACCCCGAGCUGGCCGACAGCGUCAACAACAUCCACUUCAUGAGACAGAGCGAAAUGGGCCGCAGGUGACAUGAACGCGCUGCCUGACGUGACAGACUCACGUGGACGACUGUGGACCUCUUGCCAAAGACGCUUCGGUACGCCGCCAUUUUGGUUCUUUGUGUUUGCAGCUUGGUUUGGAAUAGAAAAUAUCACCAAGAAAAUACUGACACAAUGCGGGUUGACCUGAAUCCGUGUUGUCAUUCCUUCUUUCUAUUUUCAACACCCCAAAACAAACUUUUAAAAAAUGAUCAGCAGGAGUUUAAUUUUAAUAUUUAAUUUGCCGUCUUUCUGCAGUGGCGGGCCGUCUGUGGAGACUUAAUCAACUUAGUCCACCUCCUAAUACAAAAUCCGAUACAAAAUGGCAACAUACCGUAACAGCGCAUAACUUUACACAUCAUCUGGAGUCAUUCACAAUCAAUCCCAGCCCAUAGUUUGCAUGUUCUCCCCGUGCCUGCGUGGGUUUCCUCCGGGCACUCCGGUUUCCUCACACAUCCGUAAAACAUGCACCAUUAAUUGCCCCUAAGUGUGAUUGUGUGAUCGGUCGUUUGUCUCCACGUGCCCUGCGAUUGGCUGGCGACCAGUUCAGGGUGGACCCCGCCUCCUGCCUGUUGACAGCUGGGAUAGGCUCCAGCACUCCCGCGAUCCUUGUGAGGAUAAGCGGCUAAGAAAAUGGGUGGAUGAAUGGAUAAUGAAUAAGCCGCUAAAAAGCAUUUUGGAGUUCUGCUUGCUCUUACCAACCAUUCAAAGGACGUAAAAAUGGUGACGUGAUUGAGUUAGUUGGCGCUUUAAGGAAAAUUUAAACCAUUUUAAUGAUAAAAUUAAAUUCAGGCCCAUCUUUCCAUUUUGUAGUUUGGAUCUCUGCCUGAAAUCCAAAAUAAGUAUAAAAAAAAGGCAUUUCUUUUUUUUUUUUUUGGUCUGAUCUUUGUUUGUGUGACGUAGACAACAAAAUAAGCCACUUCUGAAAAUCUUUUUUUUUUGUUUGUUUGUUUCCUGACUGAAAAUGGAAAGAAAGAAUGCUCCAUGAUUUGCAUGGCGCAGUUAGAAGAGUGCCCUCCUCCUCUUCCCGAGAUUUGCGGCGCAUCUUCGCGCUCCGAGUGCGGCCGGUCGAGGAUCAAAUGGACAUUUUUCCGACUUUGCCACCGGGAGCCGCUCGGUGCCUCAGAUUGUUCUGCCCCGAUUCGCUCCAUUCUGCCUUUUCCUCAGCCAAGGAGAUUCCCAGUCUUUUAUUCACAUCUUUUCUUUUCUUUUUUUUAUUAACUUGAAACGUGUCGCGCAUCGAUAACGAGAGCUGUCGUGUUUGCGAGCGAGGAGGCUCGUCAGUGUUUUCUGUGUGGACUUCUGAAUGCUCAAAAGUGCUAAAAAAAAAUAAUUUAAUGAAUUUGAUAGCACUUUUUGUGUGUUUUACUUUAAAAAAAAAUAAGGCAAAGAGAAAGUGCUCCUGUUUCAUUUUGACUUCCGUUUUUUUCCAGUUCAUAAUGGUGACGAUAAACAAACCAACCACAGAUGUGAAAGUAACAAAGAAAUGUGAACUCGUGUCCCUUUUUAGCGUCCAUUGUUGUAGUUCACCAGUAACGGCGACAGUAUUCCGAUGUGUGCUGCUUUCGCAUUGCGGACGGGAUGAAAGAGAUGCCACGUUGGACCAAAAGCGACGAGACGCGCCACCGACGAUUUCUGUCCCGCGAGGGUUCAGAGUCAAAGUCCACGGAGGAAUUCGGAUUCGUCAGAACGUUUGCAGCUCAACUUCCGGCGUCCACUUUUUUGCCCACGCGGUGCGCUUUGCCUUAACGGAACGCGAUGCACGGGACCAGCAGGUGUUCCUGGUUCUGUUUACACUCAGUCGGGCGUCAAGGACAAUUGAUGGUGUCACCGUGUGACUCGGUACUGGCCGUCUGCACAUCAAAACAGUCUUGUGUGUCUUUUUUUGUGUCGGAGUUUGUUUUGUUUUUUUUUUUUUUGUGUGUGUGUGUGUCAUUUUUGAUGUUCAAUGAUGGCUGCACUGAGAAUCCCCCACCCCCGGCAUCCCAUUUCACCCACUAAAGUUACUGACUCGUUUUGUUUGAGUUUCCAACAGUUCUUUUCUCUUUCUCGAACCGUGUAAAUAUAAAGAUGAGUCAAGCAGCGAGCUGUAAAUGAAAAACAUGCAAACUGUAGAUACCGCUUAGAGCUACAUCCUGUGUAGUCUGAUGAAGGUAGAACGAGAAAAAAAUAAUAAUA